UAUACUGUUACCAGCCUUGACAGGAAAAAAAAAAAUUAAGGAAAUGGCGGCCACUGGGGGGCCUGCUCGUGAUGGUGUCUUCAGGAGAUUUAUCCGGGGUACGGGGAUGCUUUACUUAUGCAUCAAGGGACCCCGGUUAUACCGAGUAUAUGUCCGGGGGCCAGCCAGGAGAGGCCGUGAGGAGAAUACGGAGGAGGAAGAAGCCGGGGCCUGGGAAUCAUUUUAUCAACCUCGUGCACUGGAGAAACACACAGACAGUAUCCUGGCAUGGGUUUCUGUUUUAUGGACCAUUUCAUAUUAUUCAACUCCACUUGCUGUCUUUUACAUGUACAGAAAAGGAUAUAUGAACAUGUCCAGGCUGGUGCCUCUAGGGCAGUACGGAGUAACAUUGCUGCUUCUGCUGGCAGGAGUAGGCUUUUUGAGAGGAGUGGGGAGAUGGACCAACCUUCAGUAUAUUCAAUUUAUUAACCUUUUAGAAAGAACAAAAUUUGAGAACAAUGAAGAGAAUAAGAAGUUACUCUCCAAUUACAACUUUGAUUUUCGUAGUUGGCCAGUGGAUUUCAUUUGGGCAGAAACCAGCAGUAAGGGUCAUCAGAUAAUAUCACCUAGAGGGGGAGUACCAUUGCUAAAACCUGAACCCCGCCCACGAGGAACUGCAGACAACUUAUUACAGAGAGUCCAGAAACUUCCAUGCCAAAUCAUUAGUUAUGUAGUUGCUCACUCCUUUGGCAGACGGAUGUUGUAUCCUGGUUCAGUAUACCUCCUGCAGAAAGCACUCAUGCCCAUGUUGCUGCAGGGGCAAGCUCGGCUAGUGGAAGAGUAUAAUGGGAAGCGUGCCAAGCUGCUGGCAUGUGAUGGUAAUGAGAUAGACACCAUGUUUUUUGAUCGCAGGAACACAGAAAAUAGACAUGGGAAAAAGCUGGUUGUCUGCUGUGAGGGAAAUGCUGGUUUCUAUGAAAUUGGUUGUAUAUCUACCCCCCUGGAAGCUGGCUAUUCUGUCCUUGGCUGGAAUCAUCCAGGAUUUGCUGGUAGCACGGGAGUACCUUUCCCCCAGAACGAAGCAAACGCCAUGGAUGUUGUAAUACAGUACGCUUUGUACCGGCUUGGAUUCAAACUUGAAGACAUUGUGCUAUAUGCCUGGUCUAUUGGGGGCUUCACAGCUACUUGGGCUUCCAUGAGUUAUCCAGACCUCAGCUCUGUUGUGCUUGAUGCUUCUUUCGAUGAUCUUGUUCCCUUAGCCCUGAAAGUAAUGCCGGAGAGUUGGAGAGGUUUGGUGACCAGGACAGUAAGGAAAUACCUAAACUUGAAUAACGCAGAGCAGCUUUGCAGGUAUCAGGGCCCAGUGUUACUGAUCAGAAGAACAAAAGAUGAAAUUAUCACAACCACAACACCCGAAGAUGUCUCCUCAAACAGAGGGAAUGAUCUGCUCAUUGCACUAUUACAGAAUCGCUAUCCAAAAGUGAUGACCGAUGACUCCAGGAGGGCGGUGAGGGAAUGGUUGGCUGCAUCCAAUCCUGUGCAGCAGGCCUCCAUAUAUAGUCAGUACGGAGUAGAAGAUGACUGGUGUCUAUCAGUUUUGCAGUCUUACAAGAGUGAAAGCCCAGAACCCUUCCCUUGGAGUGUUGGUGAAGAUAUGGAUCCUGAAGGAAGAAGGCAGCUCGCUUUAUAUCUAGCUCAGAAGCAUCUAAAGAGUUUUGAUGCCACCCAUUGUACCCCUCUUCCACCCAAUGCAUUUGAUACCCCAUGGAGAAUCUAACAUUUGGGCACAACCUGCAUAACAUAAGCACUGUUUUCUCAGAAGAAUUGGGAACUUAUGCUCUCUUCCUUGUAUACUGCAUCCUGCCUCGCAAGUUGCUACUCUGAAAUGGCAGCUAACCUGCAAAAAGAAAAAUGUCGGCCUUCCCAACCACCUCUCAUACCUCUUGGACUUUUUUUUUAAAAACAAAAAAAAUCAAUGGAUUUCCUUGAAAUGCGUAGUGACUCCUAGAAAUGGGAAUCUUGGUCAUUAAAAUGUGAAUGAUGCUUA